UGUACUCAACAAUCCUUUCCCACCAUGUCAGAGUUCUGGCUAAUCUCAGCUCCAGGGGAUAAGGCAAAUUUGCUUGCCUGGGACAGAAUGAAUACUGUGACUUCGAAAGCCAACUUGUCCAGCAACAGCAAAUUUACCAUUCCUGACCUCAAGGUAGGAACUCUGGACACGCUGGUUGGCCUCUCGGAUGAGUUGGGAAAACUCGAUAGUUUUGCUGAAAGCGUAAUAAAGAAAAUUGGCCAGUAUAUUGGAGAAGUUUUAGAAGAUUCAAAAGAUAAAGUACAGGAAAACCUGCUGGCUAAUGGAGUUGACUUGAUUAGUUAUCUAACAAAGUUUGAAUGGGACAUGGCUAAGUAUCCGAUAAAACAGCCCCUGAAGAACAUUUCAGAAGGAUUAGCAAAGCAAAUUUCACAGAUCGAAGCAGACAUGAAAAGCCGAGCCGCUGUCUACAACAACAUCAAAGGAAAUCUUCAGAAUCUGGAAAGAAAAACGGUAGGAAAUCUUUUGACCCGUACAUUAACGGAUAUAGUGAACAAAGAAGAUUUUGUAUUGAAUUCCGAAUAUCUCAUCACUCUCCUUGUUGUAGUUCCUAGAACAAGCUAUGGGCAGUGGCAAAAAACCUAUGAAUCACUCUCAGAUAUGGUGGUCCCUCGCUCUACGAAGAUGAUCGCUGAAGACACAGAGGGAGGACUCUUCACAGUCACCCUGUUCAGAAAAGUGAUUGAUGACUUUAAGACCAAAGCCAGAGAGAACAAGUUCAUGGUGCGGGAAUUUUAUUUUGAUGAGAAAGAACUGAAGUGUGAAAAGGAUGAAAUGAGGAAGUUAGCUUCUGAUAAGAAGCAACAAUAUGGUCCUCUGUUGAGAUGGUUGAAGGUGAACUUCAGUGAGGCAUUUGUGGCUUGGAUCCAUAUAAAGGCGCUAAGAGUGUUUUCAGAAUCCGUCCUCAGGGUAUGGUUACCAGUGAACUUCCAGGCAAUGCUACUUCAGCCUAAUAAGAAAUCUACGAAGAGGUUGAGAGAAGUAUUAAAUGCCGUUUUCAAGCAUCUGGACGAAGUAGCAGCAGCCAGCCUAAUGGACACUUCAGUCGACAUUCCUGGCUUGCAGCUAAGCAAUCAGGACUACUACCCGUAUGUCUAUUUCAAGAUUGAUUUCAGCCUUCUCGAUGGCAGCUAAAGUGUGCAGCGCCAAGCAUGACUUUUUUCCCCAGUAUUGUAGGAUGAGAACGAAAUGUCAUCUAUUUGGUUUUUAAUGCAAUAAACGUAAUUGGAAUGCGUCCCUUCCGAUGCAGAAAACCAAGGAGUUUUAAGCAAGAGAUAAUUGUAGUUCCUAGAUUUGGCUUGUAGAGUGGUUUUUCCCCCCCAUUUUGACAAUUAAAAAGAUACUGGAAGCUUUUUUUUCUGAUUGUAUUAGAAAACAUGCUUCACCAGGCAUUGUGUUAUUGUUGUAUUUAUUCUGUUGUAAUUACAAAACUCCUGAUCAUCUAAGGUUUUAAAUAAAAUCAAGAUAUCUGGCGGUUAAGGUAGAAAUAUCCUGGAGUCCUAAAUCUGUAAUUGGGUUUAAUCUAUUGAUUCAGUCAACACAACCGUUACACAGUGAAAUUUCGGGGGGGGGGGGGGAAUAACGUUUGGAAAGUUUAAUUUUAAACUGGUUGCUUCAGUGUAGCAUGUAAGAAAUCUGGACAGAAAAUUUUUCUCCCUUCUUUCAGUGAAAUAGCUUCCCCCUUCCACUGAAGACUGACUCACUGCAGACAUAACACAAAACUCGAAAUCUCAUUUUGUCAGUUUGUUGAAACUAGCAUGGCCUUUUAAGUGUCCAACAUGAUUAGAAUAAAUGGUGUUUCCUCUCAACACCUUUGAUUGACAGCGUUACAGUAUAAUUGGAACCUCCUUCAAUAAUAAAGUCCAUUAAAUGCCUCCAAUGAUGCUGGAAUCCCGGAGUAAAGUGAGCUUUUUUUUAAAAGAAAAAUAUUUUAAACAUUCUUGGGGCAGGAGAAUUUAAUACUGACACGGGGAUUUUUCUCAUGUUCCUUCCAAAGAAAUCAUUGUCUUCUGUUAUAGGAGUAUUAUACUUUAUAAUUUCAUAUUAUUCUACAAAUUAGUCUCAAGUCAUAAUUCUGGGCUAUGUGAGAACAUUAUUUGUCAGAGGCAACAAGAAUUAGCUGAUGGGUUACCAUUUUUUCUUGCGUUACCAUGAAGGAAAUUAGUUCUUAGCAAUAGCAGUUAGACUUAUAUACCGCUUCAUAGAGCUUUCAGCCCUCUCUAAGCG